AUGCGCCAACUGCCAGAAGAGAAAGAUCAAGGCGUUGACCUCUAUUUUCGCGAUCAAACCGAAGGCGUCACCCGCAAAUACCAAACGUACCGACCAAAGCACUCCUCCAAGGCUGUAUUGGAGGGCAGCUCCAGGCAACGCUCCUCUAACUCGAAAGCCCAGUAUCCAGACGCAUUGCCCCGCGGGCUGGACAUGGACGUCGUGACGCGUGCAGUCUCCUUCUUUUUCUCUCAGUAUGUGCACCACCCCCCAGCAACCUCGGAGAAAUUUCAAUCUGGCUCCUUCGGAUAUCUGCCGUCACUGUACGCUCAAGGCAGUCCAGACGGUCCUCUGGCUACGAUCGUGCGUGCUGCUGCGCUCGCCAGUUACGCCAAUGUGGGGAAUGUCCCCAGAUGGACGCUGGAAAGCUACCGCUUAUGCGGGCUGGGCAUGCUGAAAUGUAGACAUGCGCUAGGGGAUCUAGUAGAAGCAAAGUCCAACGAUAUUCUUGCCAGCAUUAUGCUGUUAGCCAUCUACGAGACCAUUGCCCUGAAAGGUCGAGAAGCAAUGAAGGCAUGGAGUCAUCACAUGCUUGGCGCAGCAGCUCUGAUCGACCUCCGUGGUCCGAACCAGUUCCAGGACAGAUCUAGCAUUCAACUGUUCCUGCAGAUUCGACGCCUCAUCGUUCUCUCUGCGUACCAGCUCCAAAAACCUGUGCCAUUUUCCUUGAAGAAAUGGCACACAUGGGUAGAAUGCGCCGAUAUUGGGGAAAAUCGCGAGUUCGUUCAUUUCGGUAACCGUCUUGCGGAAAUUGUCGAGACGCUCGCGUCUGUCCGGGCACUGAUCAAAGCAUCUGUGAAACAAGAGAUCGAGGACGUCUCAUCUAUGCUCUUGCCGAUCGACAACAUGCUUCAGCGUUGGGAGGAUCAGCUCCCCAUGCCCUGGAGGCCGAGGCCUCAUCCUGCCUGCUGCUCUGAGGACUGUUCCCUACACACCCAAUUUGAAGGAAUGCCCUGUGAGGUCUAUCCCGACUUAUACUGUGCCUCUAUCUGGAACAAUUAUCGCGGUGCUCGGAUCUUGAUUCACGAGACGCUGCUGUCCACGGCAGUCUCCUCUCCCAUCACCACUGAGGUCGACAGCAAGCAACUACACACGACCAUCAAUUUGUUACACCGGAUGAGCACUGGAAUCUGCCUGAGCGUCGACUACCACCUCAGACCCAAUCUGAAGACCCCACACUACAAUUCCAAUGACCACCAGAAUGCAAUGGGCGCACACUCCAUCCCAGGCGGCGAACUCCUCCUCUGGCCCCUCUUCAUGGCCGGUGCGUUGCCUACAACCAGCCCCGAACGAAAAAUAUGGAUCUCGAAUCAUCUGAAACGAAUUGGGAAUAACCUGGGUAUUGGACUGGCGCUUUCCAUGAGCCAGAGUUUGUGCCACGAAAGAGACACAAUCCCCUUCUCACACAGCGAGCUGUGGGCGUAUGGUGACUGUCAGGCCGGAAGUGUCUGGAAUUGA